AGGUCCCUUCCCACUGUUGUCAUUUUUUCCAUCGUUCUUGUUCGCCCCCAUGUCAUUUAUUGUGAUUUAGGGCGCCGGGCAUUAGAGCAGUAUUCGUGUGAUUAUUUUCCUCAAUUUUUCGCUGCAUAAGCAUAUCUUUGUCCUCGUGCCUUGCUUAGCAAAUAUGUGUGUCAAAGGAUGGCAUUGUCUUCUUGAUCAUUCGGAUUCGUAACGCUAUCUUGCGUAGUCACCAGGGCACUCGUACAAGAGACAGCCCUUCUUGAUUACAUGCCUUCGCGUUUCAAUUUGAUCCCUCGGACCAUUUUCCCAGCGUCGCGGAGCAAAAAGGCCGAAGAAACAGUGGGGUGCUACGAAAUAUUUUGAUCCUGCGGAGAAUAAAUCAGCAAAUAAAAAUAUUCUUCAUUCAAGCGAAGAGAAGACGGAUCGCACCUGUCCGACCACAACCUUUUCUGCUACGGCGACGUGGUUUUUUUUCCGCCGCGCUGUUUCGGAUAUAUAACGAUAAGCGUAACAACAAGCACGCAAGUUAUAGUCGAGAAUCUCCCAGGAAAGGAGGAUUGUCGUGUGCCCAGCAGAAAGACUAUGUAUUGCAAGAAAAGCAUCGCUAUCGUGCUAGUAGACAUUGCAUGACUGACAAACUUUUGCUUGAAGAACAAAAAUGGAAUUUGUCAUGGAGAUUUAGGUAUUAGUCUAGACCUGUCAUGCAAGAUUGCGACUCCUUCUCCUACGAGCGCGAUACUUUUACACUGCAUAGAGACCGAUCUUCAAGAAUGCCUCGCCCGACGGACAACGACAACUCAGGGGAAGCCCGUAUGCAGGUCUCAAGUGGGAAGAGUUGCGCUUUCAAGAUGAAAAUGGUAAUUGAAACGAAAAUGAAAAAUGUACAUAUGUACAUUUUUCAUUUUAUGUACAUUUUUCAUUUUCGUUUCAAUUACCAUUUUCAUCUACUGAACCUAUGCAACUAUCUAUUGAAGAAGAAAAUGAUCAGAGCAAGCUAACCGGGUGAUCGUCAUGGAUACAGUUUUUGUGUCACCUUUUCGUUAAAAGCGAGCGAGAACUUUGAUUGAAGACCCAUUUUGAAAAAGCUCGCAAUUCUCAACUUGAGACCUGCAUACUCGCCCGAUCGAGAAAAACCGUGGUGCCGAAAAUAUGCCACGAAGAAAAUGAGUCAACAAAAUAAAAGCUUGCUCGCGAAUUUGGUUUUAUCUUUUUGUGCAUCUGAGGACUAUUUCUAUCGCGUUCGCGAUAUGUUCGAUUCUCAUUCUGAGAUGCUUCUUGCGCUGUCGUUUGAGUGCAAAAAAGUGCAUGAUUCCUGUGGACUGGGUUUCGCGACCACGACGAGGACCACAAAGUAUGCAGUUUUUAGACCGAUGGGAGAAGUAGAGAAACGAUGAUAAAAUAUGUAGUCACGACUGCACCGUGAAAAGCAGCUAUUGCAGCUUCAUGCACCAUUGUAGACUCAAAGUUCUGUGGUGAUACAGGCGAUUUGGGCUGAAAUACGAUCCCCCACAGGUCGUUCUGGAGUACCUGGACCCUGUAUCACAGGAAUAAUGGUUAAGAGAAGCGCGAUCACCACAGUUUCAGGUGCAUCACAGGUGUUGAAAUAUGCAUCGCUUCCUUUCGUAUGUGGAUGGAAGUUUUUUGAACAAAGUUGAGGGCCAAUGAUAUUCUCUCUUGGUGAUCGUGCUUUUGAAUGCCUUUCGACAGGAUAGCGGAGCAGCGGAAAACUAUUUCACCGCGUCAUGGGACUCAGCAAGCUAAAGCCAGGUAAAAAUCUGUCGCAUUGCAGAAGACACCAGAAGAAUUGUUGCAUCCAUUCGAAGUAGAAGAAGGCCACGACUCGGCCAUGAUCGCGGUGCGCAUGCACACGAUACUGCAGAAUUUAGAUAAAUCUCUUGCAGAUUCUUAUUUUUUUCUCGCGACGGUUGUUUGAAAGUAGAAUAUGACUUAAUCGAUUUCAAAAACUACAGAUACCGACCCGGUAAAAGUCGCUUUGAAGCUGAAAGAGAAAAACGAAGAGUACCUCAGCGACGACAAGGUGGCAAUAGAACAGCUGGUACUAUGUUUUUCUCUUCCACACUGAAUGUUAAAAAGUAACUUCUUCAAAGUUACCGUUCUGCUUCCGCAAGCGUCUAUUUCCGUUUGUAUAUAUACGGAAUCUACAGAGUAGGACCGUUAUGCCGUGUGCUUUUCGUGCUGUAGCACGAGCAGCAGCUGUGCAGUGUCAAAAACGUCGCUCAUACGAAGAUCAAUACGACCCAAUCUAAACAUUCGUAAAAACGCGCUUCAGGUGUCGCUGAUAACCAAGUUGCAGGCGAAGCGCAAGCAGCAGCAGCAGCCGCACGCCGCAACCGAGGACGCCACAACAGCGGAGUCCACGUUAAACCUAGGACGGACAAGGAGCGAAAGCAGUUAUCUGUCGCAAGUGAUGUAUCUUCAGAGUCAGAUGGUGAUGAAAUUUUCGUUCGUCCACCACCUGGUGAGGUGUUGUGGUUUUCUUGGACGGAGGUUGAAACUUGCAUUUGAAAGUGUUUAUUUGCCACUCCGCAGGGGCUAGUAGUUUAGCGCUUUGCAACAGGGUCUUGCAGAUGCAACCGCGGUCACUGCUUACUCGUACACCCAUGUACUAUCGAUAUGCAGUACCAGAAAUUCAAUCCCUGCUGACUCUGACGUGUUUGCAGUGCAUACCAGUUCAGUAAUGCCGAUUUCUGAGGACCCCGCGAUCGUGCCGCCUCUGACUAUGCAAUUAUGAAAAAGCUGUGAUAUUUUUACAGGACGAUGCAAUAGAUAAGUCGGUCGCAGCAGAAUAUGCAACACACAUUUGGCGGUUUCGGUGUGUGUAGCAGAGCCGGGCUAUUCUUGUGUAAUUUUUUCUUGCGUGAACAACGUGAAGCUUGUUCUAAAUACCGCUUCACUCACGACCACUUCUGGGUGGGCAACAAGUAAGACGACUUUUUUUCGUUUCUUGCAUGCUCCUGCUGCUUGUGCUCGACCUCGAGAACUUCAUCCGUCACUAGAAUAUACGUAUUAAAGUGCGUCCACGUUAUUUAUAGCACACACUUUUUCUCUUCCAUACUGACCUCCAGUAAUUUGAAAGCGCUGAACGACAAGUCCAAGGAGCGCACCAUAUCGAAAGGAAAAAUCCCCCUUCCCCAUAUCGAAAAGGAAAUCUGUGAUGCUGGAUUUGCGUACACAAAUCAGAUUUGUCUUGCAGUAGAGGACUGCACGCAGUUCGCCAGCCGAGAUAGGGGCCUCUUGGUGUAGGCGCCUAGCAUGGUAGACGGCUGUCGUGUAGUCCUUACAGCAUUACAAAUCGCCUGCAUAGUGUGGCAGAGAGCCUGGGCGUGUCUUCUCGCAAGACAGACAGAAUUUGUGGCCACAAAUCUGCGUCACAAAUAUGCAGAAGAUACGUUGUCAAUAUGGGGAGGGGGGAUUUUUCCUUGCAAUACACCAAGGAGUUUCUGAACGACCUGCCACCACUCGAGCAGCUAGACCACGCGCACCUCUCGAGCAGUUCGUUCGACCGCGACAACCGGGACGCGCAGCGCACGACAGGCGCCGGUACAACUAGCAACCGACAAAUCUCGGGGGGGCAGCUGCGGGGAACCUCCAACGCGGUCCCAAGUGGAUCAUCUGCGCCGAGACCAAACGCCGGCGGCACCGCGCGGUCGCCCGAGCACCAGCAGCGCGCGGUUUCCUCGGCGAAGCAGCAGAGUAUGUCUCGAGAAAAAUUCUCCUCCUAGCGAAGCAUACAGUAAAGUAUAAAUCCUGUCCACAAGCCUCGUAGUACUCGUAGUAAUUGUUGUCUGACAUCAUGAUCAUGACUCAGCUCGUUUUUUCAACAGAAUCUGCAUCACGACAGAUUCCGCCCGAAAAGUACCAUAAUCAAAAAGCUGUGCUCGUGCUCCUCAUGUUGGUACAAUUGUAACCACGAACCAAGAUUAGAUAGCUCUUUCUACUUUCCGAGGUGCUGUAGCUGAACCACGGGAGGACGAUUAGCGACAAAACAUCAGCUACCCCAGUUGACUACAACAGGAUCAUAGUCUUUGCUUCUGUAGUAUCAAGUAGAACCAGACUGACAAUUUAUGUUGUGUAGGUAGUAGUUCUUCCACUUGAGGAGAAAGACCACGCGAUUGCUCAGAAGAAAAUGCAUUGCAGAAUCACCUAGUAAGGGAGAAUUUUUUUCCGUUGCACACUGCUGUCACCUGGCUCUUCGCCCUCCAAUGCGGUGACGACAAACCCGCGGAGCCCGACCGCGCGAGACCGGACGAUCAGCCAGCAGCUGAACGAGAUCGAGGGCCAGCAGCAGGGCCAACAGAGCGGGCAUAGCAGAACCAGGUCCGCCGGGUCCCACCCGGUGCCGCCGAGUCCCACGGGGAGCAAGGAUUCCAAAAACAUCGGGUUGGACGGGUACGAUUACGACCACUUCGACCUCAACAAACUGACCAAGGAGGAGGUACAAAAACACAAAGACGCGAUGACGAAGCACUUCGAAAUAUCAAAAUGAAAAAAGCCCCCGUUGGCCCAUACUCAAUCUGAUAUUCAUAUUUGUGUAGCACCAGCAUUAUAAUUUGCGUCGACGUACACAAUAAAUCCUUGGUUAUUAUUUUGCAAGAAGGCAUUGAGUUUUUGUUUUUCUAUUUUGUCGGGUUGUGAGGCUGUGCAGUAAGUAGGCUCCUAAUGCUAGCUAUUUGGCAUGGCUAAUGUCGACCUAACAGGAGCAAAAAUCUCUUGCAAAAUGUUUGUGCAAUACAGAAGUUUUUUUUCUCAGGAUUUGCCUUUGCGAUUGCGUGCACAGACGGCGCACCACAAUAGUUCGUCUUCUAACGAGUGUGGGGGUGGGGGGAUUUUUUGUCAGAAUACUAAGCGAACCAGAUCAAGCCGGGCGAUCCCAGGUACGUGUACGACCUGCGCAAGGACUUUCGGGAGUCGCCGCAGUUGGUGAAUGACUGGGACAGCGAGGAGAGUAUCGACUUGCCGAGGAUGUGA